AUGGAUUGCUUGUGGCUGUCCCUUGAGUGGGAGAGACAGGCCGAUCCUCGCAACCGCUUGCGAACCUCGAAGAUGCUGUUGGAGAAGCAAGUUGGUGAACAAUUUUGUGUUCCCAGCCGUCUAAAUGCGGUAGCCAACGCAAUGGUGCUGCGGCCCGUACUCGACCGCUUGAACAAAGCAGAGAAGUUCCGCCUACCACAUCUGGAUGAUUUGAAGGUAGAAAUUCGUACUCUCUAUGAGAAGUGUGGCCUUACUCCUGGAGAUAAGGAUGUCUACCAAGCUAGUAUGGAGUUGAAGCGGUUGGCUGGGCUUGUGAAGCGCCGUGCUCACAGAAAGGAAGUCACCAAGGAGAUGGGCCACACCAAAACAGUUUUUGGGCGCAAGUCGGAGCUUCUGGAGCAGAUCGCACAGAAGAAGGCAGAGCUCCAGAGGAAGAAUGCCAUUGUGCGCUCCAACUCGUCGUUGACGCUUUUCUUAGUUCAGGGGAAAGACCCGGCUGAGACUGUGCCUUCUCCAGUGGAUCCACAGGAAACUAUGAAGCCUCCUGCGGCCAUUCCACGCAAAGGGGCCCGUCCUGUGAUUCCAGCGAGUGACACAGAGGAUACCCAGCUAGUUGAGGAGCACGCCUUUAGCAUGGCAAUGCCCUUGGAAGAUGAAGGUGAUGAAAGGGAACCUGAUCCACCAACCAAGUUGUCCGAAGAGUCCAAGUCUCCUGCAGAGCCUACGCCUGCGGAGGUGCUGACCCGCCGUGACCAGCUGAAGCUGAAGGAAGCAAAGAAGAAGGAACAAGAGGCCAAACAAGCUGAGAAGAAGGCAGAGAAAGAAAAACAACAGGCUGAGAAAAAGGCAGCAGCAGAGGCCAAAAAGGCUGCCAAGAAGGCAGAGCAGGAUGCUAAGAAGCUUGAGAAGGCAGCGAAAGCAAAGCCAAAAGGCAAGGCGAAGGCUGCAAAAGGCCUUGCUGAUGAUGCUCCAGAAAAGCCGGCCGAGAUGCCAGAGGAGCCGGCCAAAGUGGCAGGUGCAGCCGAUGGUCCUGGUGGGAAUGAUGGUCAGCCUCCACAGAAGAGGAGGAGGUUGAAGCAAAGUGAAGUGGCUGAGCCGGAGCUGAAAGCUCAGGUGGAAGCUAAGGCGAAAGCCGAGCCAAAGCCUAAGGGGAAAAGCAAAGCAAAGGCCAAGGGUGCUCCUCGUGCCAAGGGUAAGGAGCCCCAUGAAGACGAUGAUGAAGUUGCUACUCCCAAAAGAAAGCUUUUCCAAUCGGAUGGAGAGGGUGAGGAAAAGGUGAAGCCUGAUGAUGAAGAAUCCAUCGAGGCGAAAAAGGCUGCUCUGCUUCAGCAGAUGUUUGAAGACGACAAGCCCAGCCGCUGGAGGAAAUCACACCCGCAAAAACCAUCGAGGGCGGCAGCCAAGUCAGGGGCAUCUGCAGAGGUGACUCAUGGCAAAGGUAAGAAGAAGCCGGAACUAUCCCCUUUUGCCAAGAAGGAGGUCAGGCGACGCAAGAAGGCAGAGCUUCAAACGAUGCAGUCUUCUCCGCAAGAAGAUGCUCAGGUGCAAGGGAUUCUCAUGCAGCAUGCCAAGGUCUGCCAGGACAUGCCAUUUGAUGCCCUGAAGAAGUACUUGUACGGCAAGGUCCAAAAGAAGUUCACCAAGUCCUACUUGAACCCUUACUUGCAGAAGCAGGCAUGUGGGGUGAAGGUCAAGCUUGAGGGUUGGAAAGCUUUCUCAGAGAUCUUCUACUUCGGGCGCUGUGGCACGGCACCAAGCUUCAAUGCUGGUUGUGUGGCUGCCUAUGCUGCCUGGUUGGGUGAGCAACCAAAUGAAGAGAUUGAGAAAUACGAGGACCCGAACAGCUUGGUUCAAGCUAAGUUCAUGUCUUUUAAGUACAACGCCAAUGACCACAGCACCUUCGCCUUGGUGGAAACUUUUGCUGGCCAAGCGGAAGUAACCCGUAAUGCUCGCAUGGCCAACUAUCGGACUGCGCUGGCUAUGAUGCUGCGAGGAGAUUGGAUCCAGGGAUGGGUGGCCUUUUUUGGCCUUAAGUGUUCCACAUGGACAUCGGUCAAUGCAGGCACAUCAGGUCGCUCAGCAUGUUCUUCCAUUGGAAACUGUGAAUAUAAAAGUGUUAGAGAUGGCAACUGCCUUGGAAGCCGGAUGAUCCUAUUGAUGAUGGUGGCAGUAUGUCUCAAUGCCACAAUCAUCUUGGAACAGCCCUUCUCGAGUUAUUUUCAGUUCUACCCUCGUUUCCGUGAACUGGUCUGUAUGCUGCAGAAACAUGGAGGCCCAACCGCGGUGCACAAAACCUGCUGGUACAUGCUCCACUAUGGAAGCCCGACUCCCAAAAGGCAUUAUGCCUUCAGCAACUCGCGGCAUGUUGCCAGAUUGGAUGCGGGAAAGCUCCGGGGCUGGGAGAAGAGGAAGGGGGUUUUGAAAACCAUGGGGAAGUCCCAUGACCUGUUGACAAGUAUGUGGACUCCAAUGGAAAAGCCCGAUGGAAAGGAAACUCCAGGCUACGUGGCAGUGAGUUCGGGUCUUACUUUUUCCAAAGCAUUGAGGAACUAUCCUGCAAAGUUCGGACAGAAAAUGGCCACCCUCAUGAACGAUCUGAUCUCCGAGAAGAAAGGCAUUCCUGAGCUGCCGGAGUCGACCCCCAGCGCUGAGAGCACUUUCAGUUCCAUGACAUUUGAAGAUUUGUGGUCAGAGGCAUACUUGACAUCUGUGUGCCACUAUCUUCGGGGAGGCAAUUAUUUGAAGAUCCCUCCAUCUUUUCGGGAGUUGGUGCCAAAGAAGCUUUAG